CACACACACACAGGGGUUUUUUCUCCUCUUCUGAUGCGCUCCAGGAGGCAGAGAGCUAUGGAGGAGAGGAUGUGCCACAGACUGAAGCCACCGAGCGGCAUAAGUGUCAAAAGAAGAAGAAACAAGCCUGGACCCUCGAGUCCAAACGUAAUCUGGAGGUUUAUAUAAUGAUAAUAAGCGAAUAUAGUCUGAAAAUCAAAUAAUUUCGUCUCAAUUAUCUACUGUAUAGACCUAAUGGACCGUAGACAUUAAAUAACUGAUAUCUUGACAUUUUUAUUCAAUUCCCCCCACAAACUAAAUUGGUUUAAGUAUUUUGGUAAAUGUUUUAGAAUACAAAUCAUCUAGAUUCUAACUCUCGCAGGUUAGGACAAGCCCAGUCUCAGGUAAAUGGGCGCGUUAAUGGGUCAUCAGGGAUCAAACAGACACCUAUUAGCCGGACAGUCGUUAAGAGGUGUUUGACACAUCAAAGGCACGCGUUUGACAAUAUCCAAGAAAGGUGGAGUGCAGUAAGGGGGGGUCGUUUAGUGUCUGUCAAGCAAAGUAUAAAAACCUCCAGCAGACUCCUGCUUGUUCACCAGUGUGGACGUAAGAGACGCAUCUCGGACAGACAGACCUGAAGAAAACUGAACUAAAAUAAUGGCUUUCGGGUUGGAUUUUAUUGGCAGUAAUGUUUCUGAGAUGAACACGUUUUACUCGGGACAUUACUGGUCCGCUCCGUGCCUGGACAUGAACAAUAACGACGAUAUUUACGCACAGGACGCAAGCAGAGUCCAUCAGGAUGCUCCUCAUAGGACGCGCCGGGACACCCUGCGUCGCCGGAAGCGCACUACUUUCAGCAAGGCGCAGCUGAGCGAACUGGAGAGGGUCUUCUCUGUCACACAGUACCCGGACAUUAAGAUGAAGGAGUCCCUCGCCUCUAUAACUGGUCUACCAGAGUCUAAAAUCCAGGUCUGGUUUCAGAAUCGACGCGCACGCUACUUCAAGAGCAAGAAAUCAACCAGAGAGGUCCCCAAAGCCUCCCUGGACUACUUUCAUUCUCAGUUCACCUACUCUCCAACUAGUCCACCAUUCCUCCAGCUGGCUCCAGCUUUCCCCCCUACUCCAAGCCCCCCGUCUGCACCAGGCUACCCCGCUCCAAGUUUACCCCAGUCCACCAGACUCUCCACCAUCCUGGGGAGCCAGGCCACUGCCGUGUCCCUGCCGUCACCCACGUCCCCCGCCACCGCCGACCAGGCUCCAUCCUGCUCCCCGCACGGUUUCCCAGGAGUCCCCCAAGACUGCUACUACCAAACCCCAGACUUCACUGGUUGCUGCCAGGAUGCGUUUCAUCCCAGCGGGUUCAGUGAGUGGGAUGUAACGGAGGAGUUUGAGGCUUUCCUCGGGGAUGGACAGGGGUCUCAGCCUGUGGGUAGCCACUGUGCUGCAGUCGGUCACACAGCAGCACCAAAGGAGGGCGUCCAGGAUCAGCUGGACCACCAGGGCUUCUCCAGCAUGAGCGAGACCAUGGACGACCUGUCCGACCUGUGCUUUCACGACCUGGACGACUUCAAUCUCUCAGAAUUGGAAAUUUCUGCGGCAAUGAUUGAUUAUCUGUUGGGUUAACUGAUAAAACAAGAGAGGUAUUUGGACGAAGACGGCAUAUUUAAGACUGUGGAGGGUUAGUGUAAAUAGGCUUUGCAAGUAUUUAUGGUGAGAAUCUCACGUGUUCUCAUGUGAGUUAAAUGUAGGCUAAUAGAACU